AUGCUUUCGCUUUCUAUCUUUCUCUCGCUCACGGCUGCCAUUAUCGAUCGUCUUCCCGAGAUCAGAUUCUGGUCAAAAAAGACCUAUUUGAAAGGUCGGAAGGAGCCGGCCAAUAUCACGUCCCUAGAAUGCCCUUACAGCUACAUUCGUCAAAUUUAUGGCCAUUACCACUGGACACCUUUUGUUGAUAAGCUAUCUCCCACCCUGAAGAAUGAGGACCCUGCCAAGUGUAAAAUGGUGCUUGAGAUUAUGGACGCGAUCCAUCUCUGUCUGAUGCUCGUUGACGAUAUAUCGGAUGGCAGUGAUUACCGGAGGGGACGUCCUGCUGCCCAUAAAAUCUAUGGUCCGUCAGAGACCGCAAACAGAGCAUACUAUCGAGUUACCCAGAUACUCAAUAAGACCACAAUCGAAUUCCCCCACCUGGCACCAUGGCUAAUGCAGAAUCUCGAGGAGAUUCUUCAAGGGCAGGAUCUUUCCCUCAUAUGGCGCAGGGAUGGACUCAGUAGCUUCCCAACCAAGCCAGAUGAGAGAGUUGCGGCUUACCGGAGGAUGGCUUCGCUGAAAACAGGAGCAUUAUUCAGGUUGUUAGGACAGCUUGUUCUGGAGGAUCAUUCAAUGGAUGAGACCAUGACCCUUAUUGCCUGGUUCUCUCAACUACAAAAUGACUGCAAAAAUAUUUAUUCUUCAGAGUAUGCCAAGAGUAAGGGUUCGGUGGCUGAGGAUCUGCGUAACAGCGAGCUGUCAUUCCCCAUCGUUCUGGCUCUGGAUGCGCCUGAUGGCCAUUGGGUUGCGAAGGCUCUGCAGUCUCCAUCACCACGGAAUGUUCGAAAUGCACUUCGAGUUAUCCAGAGUGACACUGUCCGUGGAAUGUGCAUGGCCGAGCUCAGGAACUCAGGCUCAUCGGUUCAAGACUGGUUGGAACUCUGGGGAAGAAAGGAGAAACUUGAUAUCAAGUCCAGCAAAAAGGCCUGA